CAAUGUACCAUGUAGUACCUAUGUUCUAACUGAAUUGAGUGCAAUCAUCGAAAACUCUGGAGUCUAAAUUUUUAGGUUGCUUUUCGAAGAAGUUUCAACGUUUCAUUUUUUUAUUAUUGUAGACAAAGUAAUAAAAAUUGCAAAAGAAGUUGACUCCACUAAUUUGGUGGAUUGUUUUUAUUCCAGGAGCAAAAAUGUCUCAUACAAUAUUGCUUGUUCAACCAGGUAAUAGACCUGAAACAAGAACAUAUUCAGAUUAUGAAAGUGUUAAUGAAUGUAUGGAAGGUGUAUGCAAGAUUUAUGAAGAACAUUUGAAGAGGCGAAAUCCAAAUACACCAACUAUAACAUAUGAUAUCAGUCAAUUAUUUGAUUUUGUUGAUCAACUUACAGAUUUAUCAUGCCUUGUUUACCAAAAAUCUACAAAUACAUAUGCCCCAUAUAACAAAGAUUGGAUUAAAGAAAAAAUAUAUGUUUUAUUACGUCGAGCUGCAGGACAUGGCAAAUAAUUAAUAAAUAAAAAUAGAUAUAUGCUUUAUAAGAUAAAUUAUCUUUAAGUAAAGACAUAUUACUGUUUGU